UCUAUUCUUGUUCUCUAAUAAGUCUUGUCUGGUUCUGGUAACCACUGCAUUUCUUAUCCCCGCUUCUUCCUUCUGCACUCACCACACCAACUCUCAAUAUAAGCGCCCAGGUGGAAACGCCCCAUCCACUUAGACCCCUUGCUCGUUGCGUUUAUUAUUAGCAUUGCCGCCCUUGUACUCGUUGUUGCCGCCGAUUGUAUACAAGACCGAGCUCUGCUCUUCUUCUAUCACCCUUUCUAUUCUGCUAUCACUGCUUCUUUAGUCGUUGUUGGUGCUUUAAUUCCCAUUACACACGAUCGACACCAUCUUUUACCUCCUUAAACGCAUUGUCAUAGUCCGGUGUCUCAGAAAGUUGCAUUCGAUCUCCUACAUCAUCAUUAACCAUGCUCGCCAACUCCCUUCUCGUCCUUGCCUCUGCCACUUUGGCUCUGGGUUCUCCUCUUGCUACCUUUGGACCUGGUUCUAGCUGCAAGCCUGGAAAGCCUGCUCCUGUCCUCCCAGUCAAUGGUGGUCCUUCUGAACUCCCUGCUCCUCCUCAAGGUGUAGCUCUCAAGCACAUCGCUUUUGGCUUCGGCAUUCAGAACUACACCUGUGCUGAUGCCGCUGCUACUCCCGCUGCCGUUGGUGCUCUAGCUGUUCUCUACGACAUCACCCAUCUCUACCCGGGCCAAAGCCCUUCAUCUCUAACUCCCGAGAAAUGGGCCUCUUUCACUGGCGAUGUUCUCAGCACCGGAAAGGUCCCUCUUAACCUCAACACAAACGGCAUCGGAGCUUCCACCACCAACCCUUUCCCCAAAAAGGAAGAUCUCAAGGUUCAAGGCCUCCAGAAGAAGCUCCCCUACCUCGGACAUCACUUCUUCAACGCUGCUGGAGUUCCUACCUUUGACCUCGACAAGGCCAACCAACUUCUCGUCUGCAAGAAGCUCGACGGUAUUAAGGCUCCUUCUACUGCCUCCGCUGGCCCUGAUGGUACCGGCGCUGUCGACUGGCUCUACCUCGGUGACGCUGGUGGUAGCAUUGGUGUCUCCUACGUCUACCGCGUCAUGACUGCCGGUGGUGUUUCUCACGGCUGCAAGGCCAAGGGCACCGACAGCACCUCUUACACCACUCUCUACUGGUUCUACGGUUAAAGCAAACCAGUCACGACUUUUCAUGUUUCACUUCUUAAUCACAUAUUUUCUUAGUCAGAUAGAACGGCGGUUCAUCGGAGUUUAUAAAAGGUUACAAUCGCUUUACAUAGGAUACUCAUACGUUUCACGACGAUCGUUUACUGGUACAAAAUCUCGGGUUUUGGGAACAGAUACCAUGGUUUAUUACGGGUGUGAAUGCAUCAUUACCCCAGAGGACAUUUAGGGAACAACAUUUGGCGUUUUGCUUUUUGACACGAAGGGAUUGGAGGGCGUAGUGGAUAGUGAGAUGGGGUGGAACGGAGAUAGGUAGUUAGCCAUUGUCAAAUGGAAAUACAUUGGAUCAAGUUCGUUAGGCAAAUUUUGAGUUCUCACAUGACCCUGAA